AUGGCGACUGUCUCCAAUAACGUACUGGCCCCGAGGUCGCUCCCCAAGAUCGAGACGAUACAGAACGGGCCGAUCUCGAGCCUCCAGCCGUACGGGUCGCUGCUCUUCGUCUCGAGCAUCAUCGCCAUCGUCAUCCUGGCCAACGUCCUCGAGCGGCUGAUGCUUCGCGUCGUCUACGGCGACAUCUGGACCGAGCUGCAGCGCCCCGGCGCCGAGAAGCGCCGCCGCUCCUUCACCUACUACCACGUCGGCGCCAUCACCAUGUUCACCAUCAUCUGCAUCGGCGCCUACCCCUCCAUGCACUUCCUCGUCGGGCCCGCCAACCUGUCCACCGACGUCGUGCCGGGCCCGGGGAGCCGCAUCCGCGUCGGCGACCUCCUCUUCGCCGUCAGCCAGACCUACAGCGCCUACUACGCCUUCGAGCUCUGCUACCGCACCCAGUUCGCGAGCCCGCUCAGCAUCGCCCACCACAUCGGCCUGCUGGCCAUAACGCAGACGGCGCUGUCCCUCUUUGGCAACUACAAAAGACACCCAGAGGCGACCAUAGAGUUCUACAUGUGUAUGAUAUGGGGCGUCUUCGACUCCAUCGUCGAGCUGCCUGUCUACAUCACCAUGAUCCUCUGGCGCAUCCGGCGGAACGACCACCGGCUGCUGUCGUACCUGACCACCGGCCUCUGCGUCUGGGUCGUCGUCGGCGCCUGCACCGAGGUCGCCGUCACCAUCUACCUCCUCCACAAGUCGUGGGACCGGUGGGGCCACGUGUGGAAGUUCGUCACGCCCUUCAUCUUCUCGCUCUGGAUCGCGACGCAGCUGUACGGCGCCUCGAGGCUGUGGUCCAUGUCGCGGUCCGAGUGGCGCAAGUGCCACAAGGGGACGUUGCAGGAGAUGGAGCCCGCCAUCGAGCAGCCGGGGCUUUUGCCCGACGAACGAGACGGCGGCAGCCAGGAGGAGGAGUCGAAGAGCAAGGCGACAUGA